AUGGCCCGAGGCGCUCGCUCAAGUCAUGCUACAAGGGCCUCUAGGCCCUCGGCUGCUGCGUGCGAAGUAUGCCGCCACCUAAAGAUGCGUUGUAUCCGGCCCGACCCAUCGCAGCCAUGCGACCGCUGUCGACGCAACAAUCGGCGCUGCGACAUCCCCCCUCCCCGUCCUUUGGGCCGCCGGCCCGGUGCUGUUGGUCGCUAUAAUGGAUUCGAAAAGUCCUAUAGGAAAAUGCAAGCACAGCUGAAGAAAGCACCUGUGUCGGCUGAUGAGGUACAGCAGGUGCUGAAUACCACGGGCCAGGAGGAAUUGCUCCAAUUGAUUGUGGCGAAGCUGCAGCAUGGUAGUAACUGCGAGACGCCAGUUGCAUCCACAGAGGAUGCACUGAGAAGCAACCACGAUGGCUUGCUAACCCCGAAGGAACCAGUUAGCAAUCCGCUCGCACUGCUGGCGGACGCAUCUAGCGUAGCAGAGCCAUUGACUUCCUCACUAAAUCGACCAUCCACUACAAAUGGUGGCCAGGAGCUGCUCCAGCGCUUGGGCUGUGUGUCAUUGGGACUACAGCUAAGUCGAGACACAUUGGCACAAGGCCUCAAUGCUCUUUAUACCCCCUCUCCGCCAAUUCACUGCCAUUCAAGCUAUUUCCGACCUCCUGAUGCGGAUCCACCUCGAGAUGUUGGCCCAGACCUGGAUCCUAUUGAGCUGGGGCUAUUAUCGCUUGAGGAUGCGCAUACUUUGUUUUCAAUCUAUUUCGUCCGUUUACACCCCAUCAACGGCAUCUUAGACCCAAUUCUCCACACCGUCGACUAUGUGCGCUCCCGCUCCGCUCUCCUCUUCACAUGGAUCCUGGCCAUUACAGCUCAAUUCGAUCACCAGUCUGCAUCGUGCGCCAAACGCCUGCGCCUCCACGGCGAGAUGCUCUCGCGCCAUGUCCACACAUCCGGGUACAAGUCCGUUGAAAUUGUCCAAGGAUACUACAUUUCUCUUCUUUCCGCUACCCCUGCCUCUGCCUUGUCCGAGGAACGCUCAUGGCUUUACACUUCCUACGCUGUCGCCGUCGCCACUGAGCUCGGCUUAGACCAAGCUAACCCUUCCAAUAUUCUUCCCUCCGACUCGGUGAUGUCCCAGCGACAAGCUCGCAAUAGCGAACGAACCUGGCUGCGAAUCCUGCUGUGGGAACGCGCUACCAGCGCCGCUUAUGGGCGCGCAACUGCCUUUCCCGAGUCGCCAUUGACCCGGAAUAUUGACAAAUGGUGGCAUCAUCCCCUCGCCGAUUCGACGGACAAGGACACAUGUGCCUUUAUUCUCCUCCGUCGGUAUCUGGCAGGCCUCCAUCGCACCUUGCACCACCAAGCCUCUUUGUCUCACGAUAACCCCCACUGGGUUCGCAAUCUUGUCGACUCCACCCUCGAUCCCUGGCGAAUCACCUGGCUUCCUGGCUGCACGACUAGAGCCAUUACCCCCUCCCCCAACAUAUCCACGGCCUUUCUGACCUACGUUUAUCUCCACAACCGUCUCUGGACGCUCUCUUUCGCCCUACAUACCCAGACCAUUCAUUCCCACGCCCUUCAGGAAGACUGCUUUAUGGCCGCCGUGCAAUGCUGUACCCUCGCCGUGCACGAUCUCCAAUCAAUUGGUGAACCUCUGUAUUGUCUACUCUCCCCAACCUGGGCUAUGAUAGCCUACGCCGCCACUCUGGCCCUCAGACUGUUCCCCGCUCUGUGUGGAACCCAUCCCGGUGACGAGACCGAGUUGCUGGCACUACUAGGACAAGUAGCCCUGCAGCUGGAGAAGGCAGGGAGCACACCGUCUCAUCGAACUGGGAUUGCAGCUGUGCUGGGGAGGCAUUUGCUUAGUAUCCUGCGGGCGAGAGUUGGGACGGGGAUCGGACCUGGGGUUGUUGCGGAUAGCGGGCUGCACUGUUCAUCUGAAUCGGGGCUGGUGGGGAGCAGCUGCGAUCCAGUCCUGGGGUCUGUUGCGAUGGGCUUGGAUGAAGGGUUUGCGGAUGUGUUCCGGGAGGUGUUCGGGCCGGGGUGGGGGUUGGACAUGGAAUGA